UAAGACAAACAUGCUAAAAAAUUUUCAUCCCAACUUAAUUAUACUCCUACAAUUCUCAUCAGUUCCUAACUUCCCCCGAAAACAAUCAAGAAUAAUACAUCAUAAUCAUUCAAAAGCAGUCUGACUAUGACACUAUUGAAUAUUCACUAGACACUGUAGAUAUAUUAUUUUGUUCCGUAUUUCCUUCUCUGAUACACAGAGGAGACAUCUUAAUUUAGUGAAUGUCAAAGUCCAAAAGAAUAGUCCAGAAAUGUCAAUUUAUUAUUUGGGUUACUUAAAAAAAUGUUUUCUGAACUUUACUUUAGUUUAAUUAUUAACAAGUUGAAAACUACCAGAACUAAAUGAUUUAAAAGACAAAACAAAGUAAUCUACACCAUGUCUGAAAGACCAGUUUGCAUUGCUGAUUUUGAAGAAUAUGCUAAGAAAUUUCUUCAAAAAUCUGUGUACGAUUACUAUAAGUCUGGGGCUGAUGAUCAACAAACAUUAGCUGAAAAUGUAGCUGCAUUUUCAAGAUUAAGACUAUACCCCCGGAUGUUGAAAAAUGUGUCAACCCUGGAACUGUCAACUUGUGUCUUGGGAGAGAAAAUCAGUAUGCCAAUAUGCAUUGCAGCCACUGCUAUGCAAUGCAUGGCUCAUGCAGAUGGGGAAAUUGCAACUGCUAGAGCUUGUAGAUCAGCAGGAACAGGAAUGAUGCUGAGUUCCUGGUCCACAACAUCUAUAGAAGAAGUUGCUCAGGCAGCUCCAAAGACAAUUCUCUGGUUGCAGCUCUAUAUUUAUAAGGACCGUGAGGUGACCAGGUCUUUAGUGCAUCGGGCCGAACAAGCUGGCUACAAAGGCAUUUUUGUGACUGUGGACACCCCAUAUCUCGGAAAGCGCUUAGAUGAUGUACGCAACAGGUUUCGCCUGUCUCCGCAUCUCAGAAUGAAAAAUUUUGAAACCAAUGAACUGGCAUUUUCAUCUGAGAAGGGUUAUGGUGAAAACAGUGGCCUCUCUGUUUAUGUCGCAGAGGCAAUAGAUCCAUCAAUCAGCUGGGAUGAUUUGAAAUGGCUCAGAGGACUGACUUCAUUGCCCAUUGUUGCUAAAGGAAUCCUCCGAGCUGACGACGCUAGAGAAGCAGUAAAGCUUGGCGUUAAUGGGAUUCUGGUAUCAAAUCAUGGCGCACGUCAACUGGAUGGUGUUCCAGCUACUAUUGAGGUCCUGCCUGAAAUAAUAGAUGCGGUGGAAGGGAAGACUGACGUAUUUCUAGAUGGUGGAAUAAGAAAAGGCACAGAUGUCCUCAAGGCCCUGGCUCUUGGGGCCAAAGCGGUCUUUGUAGGAAGGCCUGCAAUCUGGGGUCUUGCCUACCAGGGCGAAGAUGGUGUGAAGGAAGUUCUUCAGAUACUGAAAGAAGAAUUCAAAUUAGCAAUGGCGCUCUCUGGUUGUCCAAGUGUAGAAGCAAUAGACAGAACAUUGGUCCGGAGAGUUCAGUGGGAAGCUUCCAAGAUGUAGCUGCAUCUGUUGUUGGAACCCCAGCUUGUUGCAUAUUUCUUGUUAUUUAUCAAGAAUUUGGAAUUAAAAAUAAACGAAAGCUUCCAGGACAAAUUUUAGUUGGAAGUACCAAAAGCUGUUUCUU